UGUACUGUAUCAACAUGACUUGCCACGCUUUGCGAUGAACAUCAUGGAGUGGACAGCAUGAACCUGCGAACCAACUCCAACGCCUCCUCCCUACGGGUAGGUGUCGAGUCAAGUCAGGCCGGCUCGAAAAGAUGUCUCACCUUACAUUUAGAGAAGUUGUGGGUGGCACUUCUGUAUGGUCAUCCAAAUGAGCCCUGUGUGGCACUAACAUGGUGUGGAGCUGGGUGCCGUUGAGUGUGGUUGCCACUUGUGCGCUGUUCCUUUCGGUUCCUGCUGCACAGCCGGCAGACACGAUCAAUCCACCUCCAGUGAUUGGCGUACCUGGACAUACUGAGUCCUGGAUUGAUGAGCAUGUCUAUUUGCAUCAACAUGAUGAUGUGGUGGAGAAUGACUCGAAAAGAAGACGGAUGCAAGAGGAUGGCACUGGCUGGGUGCUCCCUCACUUGGUGGAUCGAAUUCCACCGCCACCGAUCAAGUACAUCCCGGGAACGGGUGCUGUCAUUGCCCGAGUCUAUAUCAUGUUUGAGGUGCGCACAAAUGAUUGGCAUUACAUGAAGAAGCGCCUGAGCAACAGAUUGGCAGCCUUUUUGGGAGUCUCACCGUUGUACGUUGAUUUGGAGCAAGUGGUGCCCAUCGUUGUGGGUGAGCGGUGCAUCCCAGGAGUCCUUCUUUGCAGAGACCUUCAACGCAAUGUUUAUUUGCGUGCACCUGGCCUUGGGGGCGCUUCGAUGGACGGGGAUCUCUACAACACAGAGCCUCGGCAUUGUAGAGGAGCAGAUGCCAGCAAGUCUGGAUCUGCCAACUGGGAUUCAGUGCAAGCUCUGGUUGGCUCUGACUUCAAUCCCCAAUGGAGAGAUGAUCUAGAUCUCUUGGAGAAGGUCUGGGAGGACGAUUUCUGUGUCUCACAGUUAAAUACCUCCUUGAUGCUUUUCCCAACACCGAUCAACAACACGUACAUCACUGGCUGGCGCUACGACAGCAAACGAAGAACCACAGGGAAUCUGGUGGUAGCUGGGAACCAGGAGCGGGGUGUUCCGCUUGAGCUGCACAUUGUCGGAGUGAUCCCCACUAAGUGGGCGAGAUACUUCAAUGCAAAGUUCAUCCUCAACGGAAGCAUUCCCCUUCCGCUCUAUCAGCCCGAAGUGGUCGACACCACAGCGGUAUUUACCGAUGAGCUGAACGUAACCCUCGGGAUUUUCGGAGUUCGCCAGAAGGAAGGUGGCAUUAGGAUGGGUAUUCUGGACUACCUUCCAGUGUGCCUUGAUCCUCCAGUGGAGGCCCGCGGAUGCUUCAGGAUUGAUCACAAGAUCUAUGAUGACAAUCUUUGGAACGAGUACAACUUCAAGAACGCAAUUCUUUGGCAAAGGGAUCGUGUCUUGGAGGGGCUCAGCGAGUACAACUAUCCCUUUGGCGACUGGAAUGCCACCGAGGGGCCCUGGCCUUCCUACGACUGGUAUGGCCUCAGAAUGGUUCCUGAGGACCCAGGAGUGAGAUACCUGGGCCCAUGGGCACAAUACACCUUUCCACAAAAGGAGUAUAGCUUGGAUCAGCAGUCCUUCUGCCAAACCGGCUCCAACUGCUCAGAGAUUCCGGUGGCACCGUCUCCCAGAUACUUGCACACUGCCGUGUUGUACUACACAUGGAAUUUCUGGCAGCAUGCCCAUCCGUACUUGUGCGAUGGCAAGCCUGAAUGUGGUGAUGACUGCUUGGCCAAUCUGACUUGUCUUGGCGGUGUGAGCUACUUCCAGAGCAGCUUCUACUUCCGCUCAAGUACCUUUGAUUCCGACGAUGGUGGCAUCAUAGCGCCGCGGAACUUAGCCCACGUGGACUGCCCACGCACUUGCUGUAUGAGUCGACGCUUGUGCCUGCGUUUGACUGAUGCUUGCGGCUAUCGAGUUCCAUUUAGCUCACCGAUGAUCCUGAUCUUCGGCGGAAAGGCCUAUGAACAUGUGAAGGAUCCCGCCACAGGGCGAUUGAUCUACCACUUCUGCGAGCAGCUCUCCAAAGUGGAUUUGAGGGAAGAGUGGCGUUCUUGCAGUGAAGUCACUUUGAACGAGCUGUGGCGAUAUGACAUCAAAGGCAACAAGUGGGAGUUUCUGAAGACCGAUUCAGCUACAAGUCCCACCACCCAAGAACCCGUUGGCUGGCCAGUGGCAAGGUUUGGCCAUGGUGCAGCGGUAAUCGAGAUGGUGGAUGAACAGAACUCCGACAUCAAGCGAAUGUACAUGUACGUCUUCGGAGGAAUGGGGAACCAAUGUCCAGGCAGUGUUUGUAGUGACGUGUGGCGUUACGAGAUACCAUGGGCUGCGCAGGCUUACUUCCCGAAAUAUCCCACGGGUGACUGGGUCCGAGGCAACGUUUGGGAUCGGCUCAAGGACAAUCCAUAUGGAGGUCGCUACCGUCAUGGCAUGGUCAGCACAUCCAGCAUGGAGUACAUCUAUGUCUAUGGCGGACAAAUACUGGGUGGCUUUGACAACACGCUCUUGCGCUAUCGAAUUUCCACAGACUUGUGGGAGGACAUGCGGCCUUAUGGUCGAGUGUCUUUGACACGGCUGAUGUACGACUACUUCGGGACUCCGGCUGCGACCAAUGCACCGGUGCAGUCGUAUGAAGAGGAAACAGAUGUAGAUUGCGACCUUGCUUGGUCAUUUACAGGAAAGUUCGCUCAUUGCAAGGUUUGCCCCUCUUGCGGCCUUGUCCUCGGACGUCGAGAGGAAGGGGCUCACAUGCCCAGCGAACGAGCCGACCACAGCAUGGUAAACUUUCGUGAUGAGCAGCCUGGGGCGGUGGAUGACGUGAUCUCUGUCUUUGGAGGCUUCCGCACAACGUGGGGAUACUUUGCCAAGACACCACAAGAGUGCCUGGAGAGCGCCACCACAACAACGACUACCACCACCACGUCCGGUGAUCAGGUGAUCACUUUGACAGACCCUCCUGACACAACGCCCUUGCAGUCCGGCCCAGAAACGACCACAUUGCUGGAAGGGGGCGUUCAAGUGGUUGGCUCCUUCGACACUUUGGGGAAUGAUCGGAUCCCUGAGACUUCCGCAGGCAUGAUCACCACGACGGUGACGGAUCCCAACGAUCGCAUCACGCUGGACCUGGGAGACACCAUCACUGCAACCAGCACCGCCACCACCCUUGCAACCACAGUGGUCAUCACAAGCAGCACCAUGACCAGCACUGAGACCGCUACCUCCACAGCAGGUGGUCCGGCACCCCCACCCACCGGACCUCAGACCAACCCACCGGUGGUGCAAGGGAGCUACACUUCAGGGGUCAGCAACAACCUGACGGCGGGCGGAGCCGUGUCCUCCGAUCAAUCUACAGUGGUUCUCCGUGAAGGCCCAACUCCGGCAUGUUCACCGAAAUACUACUUCGAUGACUAUUGGUAUUAUGACACGACGGUGAAUCAAUGGGCAGCGUUGCAGAUCUUUGGAGACCUGCCACCUUCCCGGAAAGGCCAUGCGAUGAUUGCUCGUAAUGCCCGCAGCAAUGAUACGCAGGUGGUGCUCUUUGGUGGAAAUGAGCAGGACCAGCCAUUGAACGACCUCUGGAUUCUCAACGUGAAGCGUCCUGGUGUUGAAAGGACCUGGACACAGAUUGACAAGUUCUUCCCAGGGGUGAAGCCUCCGGCUGUGGCUUUUCACACCAUGGUCUAUGUGGAAGAGAUGGACACUGCCUAUGUGUUUGGCGGUUUGAUCUGGAAGAGAACGGACCUGACAGAGACGGAUCGCCUUCGCAACAUCGAUCGGCGUUGCCUCAAGGAGGCUCAAGGACUGCCAAUGACAGAGCACGGGACAAGUGAGGUAAACUUUUUGGCCAAGAUGGUGGCCAAAUGUACUGCUUCCUCCUUCUGCUGCCCCCUCACAGCCACAGUGAGAUCCUCCGGUCGUCCACCUCCCGCCAUGAUGAGUGGGAUCAAGAUCCGCACUACGGAGAAUGCCUUGAACCUCACAGCCAUUAGUGCCCUUUGUCGUGCUGACUGUGAGGCGAACGCCUUCUUUCCAGAGUUCUAUCCGGUCAUAUCGGAAGGAGUUUGGACCUUCAACAUGAGUUCCUGUCCAAACAAUUGCAACAACCAUGGCCGCUGCGACUUCAGCCAAUGUGUGUGUGAACCACCGUGGUAUGGCGCCGACUGCUCCCUUCGAAAGUGUCCUGGCACUGUUUGCUAUGCUGACUCUUCGACGAAGGAGCAGUUCUGCCUAGAGUGUUCCUCCCGCGGCCGUUGCAUUGAGAAUGCCUGUGUUUGCGAUCCAGGGUGGUCCUACGAAGAUUGCUCAGUACCAGUCUGCGAGAACAACUGCAGCUCAACUCCUUUCGAGCAGCGAGGAGUCUGUGUCGAGGACUUUCCAGUUCAUCAAUGUCAUUGUUUUGGUCGCUACAGCGGCUAUAAUUGCAGUGAGUUGCUUUGCCUGAAUGCCUGUUCAGGGCGAGGCAUUUGCGUGAAUGGCAUGUGUCAAUGUGAGAUUGGGUCGGCAGCUGAGCAGAGCCACGCACUUGGGUGAGCGGAUCGGAUUUGCUGAGAAAAUGAUACAAGAUGAUACAAGGUAAUACAAGGCAGGGGUCGCCUAAGGGUCCCAGCUCCUCUCAAAAGUGUAUGUUUGAUUUGUUUGCUUUGUUUUGGUUGCUUUUUGGCCUCUAAAUAUACUACCGUCUAGGGCUGAUGCAACUGAAAAAAUCCUCUGAAGAUUUUGGGAACAGCAGCUUGAGAUUUCAGCGUUUUCUUGAGCAACAAGAUCCAUACAUCCAUACCAGGACCGGAUUUCUGACUCUUUGUUUUCAGAAUCUUCACAUAUUUGCAGGUGGUUGGGUGCCUUAGGGUUGAUCUAGUCUCUUUUUGCCUCUACCUUCAUUCGGCUUAAGCGUGAGGUUUCAUGGCGAUGACUGCUCGAUUUUUAUGAUCGAAUUUGAGAACCAAAAUUUCGGCAUCUAUGCGGAUGAAGAAGCGGCUGGCACUGAUGCCGCCACCGCGGCGUAGCCGACCAGCUACUGUAGAUGUCCU